AUGCUUACUUUUGUACAAGAUGUGCCCAAGGUUGGCAUGUGUUUUGGAACCCUUGAUGAUGCAAAUCAAUUUUAUCAGAAUUAUGCCAAGCGCGUUGGUUUUGUUAUUAAGAUAAGGUUUACCCGAAGAGUUGGUAAAGAUAAGGUUCCUAAGAAUCAAAUGAUCACUUGCAAUAGGGAAGGAAAACGCAAGUCUAGAGUUUCACCAAUAGAAAAGACCAACUCUAGAACCAACUACAAUUUCCCCGCGAGGAUUUCUAUUAGGUUGAAUAAGGAGGGUCUUUGGGUUAUAUCCAAGGUGUGUUUGGAUCAUUCACAUCCUUGUGAUCCGGAGAUGGCAAAAUUGUUGACACCUAAUAGAGAGAUGAAUAUGUACAUGUGUCGAGUCAUUGAGAGGAAUGAUGAAGCAGGCGUGAGACCAAGCAAAACAUCUCAAGUGUUGGUGGAUGAAAUGGGAGAUUUCUCUAAGAUAAGCUUAAUGGAAAAAGAUGUUAGGAACUAUUUCAGUAGAAAGGUACGCAAUGUUACGGAAGAAAUGGAUGCUAGGAAGAUGUUGAAGUAUUUUACACGGAUAAAGGAUAUGAACUCUGAUUUUUAUUUUAAUCUUGAACUUGAUCAAAUCAAGCGUUUCAAAACUAUAUUUUGGGCUGAAGCUCGAAGUAGAGCAGCAUACGAGUACUUUGGUGAUGUAGUUUCGUUUGAUACUACUUAUAAAACUAAUCGUUACAAUAUGCUAUUUGGUUCCUUUGUGGGGCUUAAUCACCAUGGUAACUUAGUGCUUCUUGGGUGUGGUUUAAUGACUAAGGAAAAUUUCGGCUCGUUUACUUGGUUAUUUAAUGCUUGGCUUAGAUGUAUGCAUGGAAAGGCGCCUAAAAGCCAAUGCCUCGGAAUGCGAGCUGGAAUUGAGAAUGUGAUGCCAGGACACGUCAUAGGUUAUGCAUUUGACACACUUUGA